CUGUGGUUCUCGCUUGAAGUUAGGUCUCACUCAUACAACAAACACUUCAUUCUUUACUUCACUACAUUAACAGCUCAGCUUCCUUCUUUUUCAACACAUUCUCUCGCUCAUUCCAACACUAGCAACUUUGACCAUAAUCUUUUACCUUUCCUUUCGUUGAACGCACGCUCACUAGCACACCAUCACAUCAUUAUUCAUAAUGUAUUCCAAGCUUGCACCAGUCCUCGGCUCCUUGGCCAUUGCCUCGCUCGUUGCAGCGGUCCCUGUUGACAUGGAGAAGCGCGAUCUCCGAUUUGGCGACCGCACGAAGCAUCUCGAAAACUACCAGGGUGGCCAGCCUUCUGCCUCGUACAGUGGCCCUGCCAAUGGCUACUAUACCCCAUCAGCGACCUGGGGCAGUGGCUCUUACUCCACCGGUGCCCCUCCGGCGUCGACUGCCUCUGGCUCCAACGACGGCAGCAGCAACCCGUUCAGCUUCCCGCUGUCCAACGGCUUCCCCAACAUCCAGAACCCGUCGCCUCAGCUCUCGGCCAUUGAGGCACAAGCCCACGGUCUCCUGCCCAACGGCCCCCCGCCGCCAACUCCUCCGGCCGCUGAUGAUCUCACAUCGCUGAGACUCAUUGCCUUCAACGAGCUGUUCGAGGUGGCCUUCUUCACCGAGCUCCUCUUCAACGUGACCCACAACGUCCCAGGCUACCAGUUCCAGGACCAAGCCCAGCGACAGACCAUCAUUGACGCCAUCACUGCCGUCCAAGCCCAAGAGGAGCUGCAUGAGCUGAACGCCAACGGCGCCCUCGCCCACUUCAACGCCGGUCCCAUCCAACCCUGCAAAUACAACGUCCCCGUGUCUGACUUCAAGAGCGCCAUCAACUUGGCCAAGACCUUCACUGAUGUUGUCUUGGGUACCCUCGGUGACGUCCAAACCCAUUUCGGCCAGAACGGCGACAAUGGCCUCAUCCGCGGUGUCGCUGCUGUCAUUGGUCAAGAGGGUGAGCAGAACGGCUUCUACCGCAGCUUGCUUGGUCUCAUCCCCAGCGGCGCUCCUUUCCUGACUGCCUCUACCCGCGAGUUCGCCUUCUCUGCCCUGAACCAAGACUUUGUUGUUCCCGGCUCGUGCCCCAACAUCAACACCAUUGACCUCCCCAUCUUCGGUGCCCUGAACGUCUUGACCCAGAACAUCCAACCCCAGGACCAGCAAAUCCAAUUCUCCUUCAGUGCCACUGGCUCCUACUCCCAGUAUGCCAGCAACUACCAGGGACUGAGCUUGGUGUACAUCAACCAGCAGAACGUCCCUGUUGUUGAGCCCAUCACCCAAGCCUCGGUCAACGGCAACACCGUCACCUUCUCUGCCAACUUCCCCUUCACUGAGAACGAGAUGUUCGGAUUGACCAUUGCUGCCGUUGUCGAGGGAUCUGGCCCAUUCGCCACCGUCGCUGAUGUCGCCAAGGCUACCAAAUUCGGCCCUGGUCUGAUUGAGGUCAACUAAGUGCAAGCACAUGUCCUCAACUGGGAGAACCUACUGUGAUGGAAUCAUGAAAAAAGAAUUGGUAUGACGCAUCUUUCAGGGGGAAAAUUGUAAUCUGGGCAUUUUCGUUUUUCUGGCUACUAGUUCCAACGUCUCCUGUGACGUUCAAACUUGGUGUUUUCUGCUGUCUGGCAAAGGCUGGCGUUUCUGGCAUACAAUGGCGAUCCUCAGUUUCGCAGGAUCUGGAGAAGAUAGUUCAAAUCUGACGCUGUUCUCCCCUAUA